UCAAAAUACCAGGAAAUGUUAUGAUUCAGCAUCGUGAUUUGAAAGGCAGAGAUUAUAAUUGUAUUUUCUGCAUUUAAUACGAUUGAAUUACAAUAGUAAUACUUGUAGCGUGGGUGGAUAUUAGGAAUGGUUUAAAAAUGUAUAGUGUAUAUUUUGUAUAAGCAAGCUAAUAAAGUACCAAAACAAUGGUUCCUGCUCCAAGUUGCCCCUAUACAUGGGAUUACUGGACAACCACACCAUCAGAUUAUGUGGAGCUGACAUGUUUGAUGCCAAAUUCCUUAUAUUUGGCUGUAACAGUAAGCUGGGAUUCAACUCUGCAAGAUGUUAAAGAGGAACUAUGGGAUCUGGCAGGAAAAAUGCCUCUGUUUGGCAUGCUUCACGAGAUGUCUGGUUAUGUAUUUCAAUUUAUCAAUUCAUUGGCUGUUCCUGAAGAGGUUGAUGAUGAGAAUAAAAGAGUCCGUGACAUAAGACCAGUAUUUGGAGUGCUUAUGAUUAUUGAAAGAUCCAUUGAGAGACCGGGGGAACAAUUGUUAAAUACACAAAUUAGCCAUUUAAUUGGAAAAGGUUUAAAUGAGUUUGAUAGUUUAAGAAGUUCCGAAGUCAAUGAUUUUCGUAUGAGGAUGAGAUGUUUAGCUGAAGAAAGUUUAUUGAAGAGAGCUCAAAGCACCUGCAUAGAAAGACUAAGAUACCACUGCCCACCAAGACUGGCUGAACACUCAUCAGUACCAGCUACACUUACUAGCCAUUUAAAUAAUAACUGCUUUAUAUUAGUUACUAAAGUUGCCAAUACUGAGGUUUCAUUUACCUCCAAUGUUCCUGUUACCUUAACUCCUCAGCAGCACAUAGAGACAAUACUCCGGAAGAAAGCAAACUCACUCAAUAUGCGUGGUGAACACCCUCGCAACUUCGUGCUCAAGGUGUGCGGGCGGGAGGAGUACCUGCUAGGUGAUCACCCGCUGAUACAGUUCCUGUACAUACAAGAGAUGCUGGCGAGGGAUGGAGUGCCCCAGGUCAUGACAGUCAGUAUGGAUAAAAUUACAUGUUGUGACAUGCAAUUCUAUGCGCUCCCGGAGCGGCGCAGACUGACUUCAGAACAGUCGAAUACCAUACGGAAGAAGAAGAACCAUGAGUCGUCGUGGAAGAUUGAGAGGAAUUACUCGUGCAUAGUGCAGACUGUUGGCGGGCUCAACGUGGACCCUGGGAGACAUGUGGAGGUAAUCUGUCAAGUGGGUAUAUAUCACGGCGGCAAGUCGCUUUGUGAACCCCAGAAGACGAAAGUAACAGUUGUAUCAAAAGAGGGGGAAGCGCAAUGGGAUGAGGAAUUACAAUUUCCCAUAAAUGUGUACAAUGUGCCGAGAAUGGCGCGUCUGUGUUUCGUUAUCUAUGAAAUCACUAAGUCGAAGAAUAAGCGAAGAGGGAAGGAUGCGAAUAAAGACUCAAUAAAUAGGCUGGCGUGGGUGAAUACUAUGAUUUUCGACUAUAAGGAACAACUACGUACAGACGCGGUCACAUUAUUCAUGUGGACGCACGUGGCGGACGAGACGCAGGGCGAUGACGUACUUUUGCAUCCGCUCGGUACAGUCGUCUCCAAUCCCAACACCGACUCGUGUGCUGCAUUGCAAGUUCGAUUCUCUAAUUAUGACUGCCAACAUCCUAUACUUUUUCCGAAACAAGAAGCGAUUCGUGCGUACGCGGAUCAGUUAGAAAACGGGUCAGAAGUGAUGGCGCGGCUUAGUGAGGACUUUGACAAGCUGCGAACUACGGCAGAGAAGGAUCCCAUGUAUGAGAUGCACGAGCAGGAGAAGAAGGAUAUAUGGGCGGCCAGAGAAUACUUUCGUACGACGGCUCCCGAGCUACUGCCGAAGGUUCUCUCAUGUGUGGAGUGGACAGAGCGGGGAGAAGUAGCCAGGGUUAUCAAGAUGCUGUCAAUGUGGCCCAUGUUGAGAGUGGAGUCUGCACUUGAGCUGCUCGACUAUGCCUAUGCUGAUGCUGCGGUCAGGAGCUUUGCUGUAGAGUGUUUGGCCAAGAUCAGUGAUGAGGACUUAUUGUUAUAUUUAUUACAAUUAGUUCAAGCUCUCAAGCACGAGUCGUACCUAAUGUGUGAUCUCGCCGUGUUCCUGUUGAAGCGUGCCUUUAAAAACAUGACCAUAGGACAUUAUCUUUUCUGGCAUUUGAGAUCUGAGAUGCACGUACCUUCAGUGAGCGUGCGUUUCGGUCUGGUGCUGGAGGCGUACUGUCGCGGCUGCCAAGACCACAUCAACGCUCUCAUGAGGCAAAUCACGUGUCUGGAUAAGCUUAAGUGGGCAAGUCAGUGCGUCCGCAAGAAGAAGGAGAUAUCCAAGGCAAGAGCGGCCUUACAGCAGCACUUGCAAGAACCGCAUUGCGUGGAAACGUUGUGCGACUUCGUGUCGCCACUUACGCCCAGUCUCGUUUGUAAACGUAUACGGCCAGAGGGUUGCACAGUGAAGGACAGCAAGAUGCGUCCGCUGCUAUUGGAGUUUGAGAACCUCGAUCCCACCGGCUCUGACAUCCGGAUCAUUUUGAAGAUAGGAGACGACCUCCGGCAGGACAUGUUCACGCUACAGAUGCUGAGGAUCAUGGACAGGAUAUGGAAGAACGCGGGUUAUGACUUCAGAUUGAACCCGUACAACUGCAUAUCGAUGGAGUACGCCGUGGGCAUGAUCGAGGUGGUGGACGACGCGGAGACUGUCGCCAACAUUCAGAAACAGAGCGCUCCCUUCAACGCCGCCUCCACCAUCUCUAAGGCGAACUUGUUCCAAUGGUUGCGGAAACAAAACCAAAGCGAGAGCGCGCUGAUAAAAGCAGUCGAGGAAUUCACGAUGAGUUGCGCGGGCUAUUGUGUCGCCACCUACGUGCUGGGGAUCGCGGACAGACACCCUGAUAACAUCAUGGUGAAGAAGAGCGGACAGCUGUUCCACAUAGACUUCGGCCACUUCCUGGGCCACUUCAAGCAGAAGUACGGUUUCAAACGCGAGCGCGUGCCCUUCGUACUCACUCACGACUUCAUCCACGUCAUCAACAAGGGCCAGCGCGGCGGCGUCGGGGAGCAACUCGACUUUAAGAUAUUCAAGGAGCUGUGCGAAACGGCAUUCAAAAUACUGCGAAAGCACGGUCACUUAAUCCUGUCGCUGUUUUCUAUGAUGAUCUCAACUGGGUUGCCAGAGCUAAGCUCCGAGAAGGACCUGCAAUAUUUACGGGAGACAUUGGUUAUGGAUCUCUCUGAAGAGAAGGCCAUCGAACACUUCCGCAUGAAGUUUGUCGAGGCCCAGAAAAACUCGUGGAUGACGUCAUUCAACUGGGCUUUCCAUAACUUCGAUAAGAAUAACUGACAGUGAUCUGUGAGCCGGCGGCUCAAGAAGCAGCCGUCUAAGCACACGCCGCAGACACUGUAGACUCUAUUGUAAAGUAAUAAGGUGUAUUUUAUAGUGCCGUUCGGGAGAAAUUUGGACUCUAAACUUUAUGUAAUAAGGUGUAGUAUUUAAUGUGUUUAUAAGUCGCUGAACUUUAGCCGUGUACUAGUAAUGUAGGAUACGAUUAUGUUUGGCCUGAGCCUGUAAGUUAUAUAGUAAACGCAACUGUAUCACACAAAUAAUAAGGUUUAAUUUUAGAAAAUGUUUCUUACCGUAUAAGUGAUAUGUGGAAAGAGUUAUCGUGGGCUAGUAUAAUAUGUAAAGCGAAAUUUAAUCAAGACUUUAUAUUGAACAUAAUAAGGUGUAUUUUAUUAAGUCACACAUUUAUCUUUCCUUUCUAAUUAAAAUAUUUUGUGAUAUAUAUUUCAUCACAAUAUAUUUAGAAUUAAGAUGGUAACGUCGUAGUCGACAACAUUGCGUUAUUAGUGACACACAAUUAUUAAAAUAUCAAGACGUUUUUGCAAUAAAAUAGUGUUAAACCAAAUAUAUAAGAAAUAAAGUUAAAAGUUGUUGAAUUAAAGUCAAUGAUCAAAGUAGAUAAUUAUUAAAAUCCAAAAAAGUUUAUAAAAACUUUGAUGACGUUUCUAAUAAUACAAUCUAGAACGCAAUUUUCUGUAAAUUAGCGAUUUUUUGCUCUUGAAUUCUAACAGCCAAUCUCUAGCGAAUGAAUUUACCAAUAAUAUUGUAUAUGGAAAUCGUCUAGUAGAGGUUCCAUGCGACAUAGACAUAGUCCUACAUUGCGUGUGAUAUUUGCGUGCGUGUCCGCAUAUUGUGCGUGUAGCGUGUUCGGACGACGAUUUGUGUCGUUUGGAUCAAAAUAAGUAAAGUUAAUUGUUUGUGAUAGUUACGCUCUAUGAUUUUUUUUUCAUGAGGUCUGUUAUUGUUGGGGUUACCAAAUGAAACUUAUAAAAUAUCAACCUAUAUGAACAACAAUAAUAAUUGAUUAAAUUACAAUGAAUGUAUGAAUAACAUUGUAUCGAAAAUAUUUAUAGGGCUUUAGCAAUGUAUAGUGUAGACUUAAUGUUUUGUAGAGACUAAAAUGAAUUGUGGCCCUUAUGUGUAAUACAUAUAAAGACUAAUUUAAUUUUUACUUUGCGUAAAAGCGCUUUAGAGCUUGUGUAUUUGGUUUUGGCUUAGAUUGAUCCGAUUUGAUUAAUAUUAAUUAUUAAUUAAUAUGUGGGCGGUUUCUAUGUUCGAAGUCAAAUGUCUAAUUAAUUAAUUUAUUAGUUAAUUAAUAAGUCGCUCAAUCAGCAUUUCAAUAGAAAAAAGCUCAUCUGUCACAUAUAAACUGUCUGUAUCUAUAUCACUAUACAUGCAUUGGAUAAAGAGAUCAAAAAGUUCCAUAGAUAGGGAUAUUGAAAUGCGAAAAUCAGGAAGAGUUUUGGAAUAUCAAUCACAGAUGACCAAUAUAGGUAUCGGUCGUUUAUAACUUUUCAGUGAUCUAUACAAUAUAUCUUAUGGAAAGGCUGAGUUAUAGAGGUGUGGUCGAGCGGCAGCAUUUUUGGCUGUGAUAAUAUUAUGUUAACGUUAAGUUCAUAAAGUAAAUAAGUAUAUGUAAU